AGACAUACGGGCGCCCCUCCUCCCCAUCUUCUCCGCCGCCGUCCUACCUCUGACUCGUCCCAUUUCCCCCCGCCCCGUUCUCCGUCUAGUCCAUCAGGGCGGCGACCAGUGAGCUGGUGGACUCAUCCGACCCGACACAGCUCGGCCAAUCUGAGUGCUCUCCGAACUCCCUCCUCAUCGACUCACUGCCGCUGAUGAUGACGGGAACCACCGCCUCACCCGCCACCAAAGCCACUGCCAUGCCCUUCCUUUCGUCGUCUUCCUUCUCUCUCAGGGCAUCGAAGUCGAGCAGCCUUUGGCCGAGGAGAAGGCUGCCCGUUAAUGUACGCUGUGUCAGCAGCUCUCCGGCCGCCGGUACUUCUUACACAACGAAGGUUUCACGGAAUGCGAACAUAGCCAAGCUCCAAGCAGGCUAUCUGUUUCCUGAGGUUGCCAGAAGAAGAGCAGCUCAUCUUCUGAAGUAUCCCGACGCAAAAAUUAUAAGCCUGGGAGUAGGUGACACUAGCGAACCCAUUCCGGAGGUCAUAACAAAUGCCAUGGCAGAGAGAGCACAUGCUUUAUCCACAAUUGAUGGCUACAGUGGUUAUGGAGCUGAACAAGGUGAAAAGAAACUAAGGGCAGCAAUUGCUGCAACCUACUAUUCGGAUCUUGGCAUUGAAGAAACCGAUAUAUUUGUCUCUGAUGGUGCUAAAUGUGACAUUUCUCGUCUACAGAUUCUAUUUGGAUCUAAUGUGAAGAUUGCAGUUCAAGAUCCUUCAUAUCCCGUAUAUGUUGAUUCAAGUGUUAUCAUGGGUCAAACUGACUUAUAUCAGCAGGAUGUUCAGAAGUAUGGAAAUAUUGAAUACAUGACAUGCAGUCCUGAAAAUGGAUUUUUCCCUGAUCUUUCAAGUGUCCCACGGACGGACAUCAUAUUCUUUUGUUCACCCAACAAUCCUACUGGUACUGCUGCAUCUAGGGACCAGCUAACACAAUUAGUCAAAUUUGCGAAGGACAACGGUUCCAUAAUAUUCUAUGAUUGUGCUUAUGCCAUGUACAUAUCAGAUGACAGCCCGAAAUCCAUCUUUGAAAUUCCUGGAGCAAAAGAGGUUGCCAUGGAGACAACAUCUUUCUCUAAAUACGCUGGAUUCACUGGCGUCCGGCUGGGUUGGACUGUGGUCCCUAAGGAGCUCCUUUUCUCUGAUGGGCAUUCAGUUGCUAAAGAUUUCAACCGUAUAGUCUGCACUUCCUUCAAUGGUGCAUCAACCAUUUCUCAAGCUGGCGGUUUAGGCUGCCUCUCUCCAGAGGGUCUAGAGGCUAUGCAAGAUGUUGUCGGAUUCUACAAAGAGAAUACUAAAAUCAUUCUUGACACAUUUACAUCCCUCGGGUUCAACGUCUAUGGUGCCAAGAAUGCUCCCUAUGUGUGGGUGCACUUUCCCGGCCGUAACUCUUGGGAUGUCUUUGCCGAGAUCCUUGAGAAGGCACAUGUGGUUACUACUCCUGGCAUUGGAUUUGGGCCUAGCGGCGAGGGCUUUGUGAGGGUUAGCGCAUUUGGCCACAGAGAGACCAUCAUUGAAGCUGCAAGAAGACUGAAGCAGCUAUACAAAUGAGCAUUGAUUUAACCCGUGUCAUUCUCUCGGGGAACCCAAGAGCCCAGCAGCAUUUGGAACACAAGAUUUGUUUCUCCGCUACCGGAAAGUGUCCGAACAGAAACAACGUGUUGUUUUUGCUCCUCUAGGUGUUGCCCCAUCCGUAACCAUUUAAAUUUGUCUCACAUCUACUCGGUUCCUGAUGUGUCUGCGUUGUUGCCGUCACACUUGUAUGUCUAAGGCCGUCUACAAUGUAGCCAAUCCAAACUGGGUAAUAAUCACUUCACUCCAAAUUUUCUUUUGUGUGAUGUGUUGA